CUCUCUAGUCUCUAGUCUCUAGUCUACAAAACCCUUCUCCUUGCUGCUCACUUCUCAUUUCUCUCUCACAAAAUCAGAAUCAAAUCAACUCUAGACCUUGCAUUUUCUUAGGGCAAAGCACAAAUUCCCCUCUUUUCUCUCCUCCUCCUCCUCCUCCUCCUCGUGGAGGCAUAAAUAAUAGAAAACACAGACAGCUCUCUCUAAAAUUCUCUUCAAAAAUUAACGUUUCGAUACGAUAAACCCUAUGGAGCUGCUCCGAUCGAAUCUCUCUCGGGUUCGGAUCCCUGAACCAACUAAUCGCAUCUACAAGCAUGAGUGCUGCGUCUCCUUCGAAACUCCGAGGUCUGAAGGCGGGUUGUUUGUCGACAUGACCACAUUUCUUGCUUUUGGGAAAGAUUAUGUGGAUUGGAAUUAUGAGAAGACUGGAAACCCUGUUUAUUUACACAUAAAGCAAACCAGGAAGGUGGUCCCUGAAGACCGGCCUUCCAAGAAACCAACUCUUUUGGCUAUUGGUGUUGAAGGGGGAUUUGACAACAAUGAACCUCAAUAUGAAGAAACUCACAAUAUAGUUAUAUUACCUGAUUAUGUUACUUUUCCAUUCCCUUCAGUGGAGUUGCCAGAGAAGGUAAGGUUGGCUGUUGAUGCUAUCAUAAUGGCUGAAGGUGCAGAGAGGAAAGAGCAACUUGCUGCCUGGACAGCUGAUAAGAAGCAAGUUAGUGCAUAUGCAAUGAAUUUACCACAGAUUGACAAUGGUGUUAUUGUCCCGCCGUCUGGAUGGAAAUGUGUCAAGUGUGACAAAAAAGAAAAUUUGUGGCUAAAUCUUACUGAUGGAAUGAUUCUUUGUGGGCGAAAGAAUUUUGAUGGAACUGGAGGCAACAACCAUGCCAUUGAACAUUACAAGGAGACAAGCUACCCUCUUGCUGUGAAGCUUGGGACAAUUACCGCUGAUCUUGAAGCAGCAGAUGUUUUCUCAUAUCCAGAGGAUGAUAGUGUUGUGGACCCGCUUUUAGCACAACAUUUGGCAUUUUUCGGCAUUGAUUUUUCUGCCUUACAAAAGACUGAAAUGACUACUGCUGAGAGGGAACUUGACCAGAAUACCAACUUUGAUUGGAACCGAAUUCAGGAAAGUGGACAGGAUUCGGAACUCAUUCAUGGACCCGGUUAUACAGGACUUGCGAAUCUUGGAAACAGCUGCUACAUGGCAGCAACGAUGCAAGUUGUGUUCUCAACACGUUCCUUCAAUUCACGAUACUACACUAACCAAAGCUUAAAAAUGGCAUUUGAGAUGGCUCCUGCUGAUCCAACUGUAGACUUAAAUAUGCAGCUUACAAAGCUGGCACAUGGUAUGCUGUCUGGCAAAUACUCGGUUCCAGCACCCGAGAAGGAUGAUGAAGAGAAUGCUGCUAUCUCAACAACCAACAAACAGGAAGGUAUACCCCCUCGUAUGUUCAAAGCAGUUAUUGCUGCCAGCCAUCCUGAGUUUUCUUCCAUGAGGCAACAGGAUGCAUUGGAAUUCUUCCUACACUUUCUUGAUCAAGUCGAACGUGUUAAUGGCGGGAGUUCUGCAUUGGAUCCUUCAAGGAGUUUCAAGUUUGGAAUUGAAGAACGUAUCCUGUGUCCAUCUGGAAAAGUUGGGUUCAAUAAAAGGCUUGACUAUAUUCUCUCUUUGAAUAUUCCCCUACAUGAAGCUACCAAUAAAGAAGAACUAGAAGCCUUCCACAAAUUGAAAGCAGAAAAGAUUUCUGAAGGAAAGGAUGUGUCCCAUGAUGAAAUUGUGCGUCCAAGGGUUCCCCUAGCAGCAUGCCUUGCUAAUUAUUCAGCUCCAGAGGAGAUACAAGAUUACUAUAGCACUGCCUUGAAGGCUAAGACAACAGCACUGAAGACUGCUGGUCUAACUUCAUUCCCUGAUUAUUUGGUGUUGCACAUGCGAAAAUUUGUAUUGGAGGAAGGCUGGGUGCCAAAAAAGCUUGAUGUCUACAUAGAUGUUCCUGAUAUCAUAGAUAUCAGCUACAUGCGAAGCAAAGGCCUUCAACCAGGGGAGGAGUUGUUACCAGAUGGGGUCCCUGAGGCAGAGGUGGAAUCAAAUAACCCUGUGGCCAAUGAGGAUAUUGUUGCCCAGCUUGUCUCAAUGGGGUUCAAUCAUCUACACUGCCAGAAAGCUGCUAUAAAUACCUCAAAUACUGGAGUAGAAGAGGCUAUGAAUUGGUUGCUUGCUCACAUGGAUGACCCAGAUAUAGAUGUUCCUGUUUCCCAAGGGGCACAUGGUAAUGAAGUUGAUCAAUCGAAAGUUGAUACCCUACUAUCAUUUGGUUUUCAAGAAGAAAUUGCUCGAAAGGCACUUAAGGCAUCGGGUGGUGACAUUGAGAAAGCUACAGAUUGGAUAUUCAACAAUCCUGAUGCUUCUGUUUCAUCUGACAUGGACACCUCCACAUCAAGCUCAAAACCUACUCCUGAUGACACUGAAUUACCUGAUGGAAGAGGGAGAUACAGGCUUUUUGGGAUAGUGAGCCACAUGGGAACCUCCACCCACUGUGGACAUUAUGUUGCUCACGUCCUGAAAGAUGGCAGAUGGGUAAUCUUCAACGACAACAAGGUUGCGGCCUCCAUAAACCCCCCCAAGGACAUGGGGUAUUUGUACUUCUUUGAGAGGCUUGACAGCUGAAUUGUGUGGCGUUUGACAUUGGAUGGGGGAGAGAUUCAGCGGCAGAAGAAACAAGAUUUAUGUCUUUUGGAUCUCUGACAGUUGACUAUCCAUGGGUUCUUGGCCUUGCAUAUUGUGGCUUGAUGGAGCAAGUCUUGCCUCCUGGCCAGAACAAUUUUCCUAUGUACGUGACUUUAAUUCUAGACAUACUUGAUCCUCUUUUCAAAAUAAUAUGAAAAAAAUCAAAUCAUUGAACA